UCGGCAGUGGUCAGCUGACCGACUAGAUCUGACCGUCUUUGGGACAAACGGACGAAACGACUCGAGAAGAAGGGUUAUCUCUGCGUCUUAUUCUCCACGGAGGGAGACGUUUUCCACCCAGCCCCCUGUUCCAGUAGGACCGCUGUUUUUGACACGUCACCAUAAUGUCGGGGAACAGCUUGGUUCUACCCAUAGUGCUCUGGGGCCGCAUGGCUCCCACCCACUGCAUCAGCAGCCUGCUGGUGAUGGACGACUUCAACACCAUCAUCACCGGCUGCCACGACGGACAGAUCUGCCUCUGGGACAUGACGCCUGAGCUGGAGAUUUGUCCCAGAGCCAUGCUGUUUGGUCACACGGCCUCCAUCACCUGCCUGUCCAAAGCGAGCGCGUGCAGCGACAAACAGUACAUCGUCAGCGCGUCUGAGAGCGGGGAGAUGUGUCUGUGGGACGUGAACGACGGACGCUGCAUCGAGUUCACAAAGCUGGCGUGCGCUCACAUUGGCAUACAGUACUACCAGUUCACCAUCGGCACACAGCGGGAGGGGCGUCUGCUCUGUAACGGUCACUACCCAGAAAUCCUGGUGGUGGAUGCCACCAGCCUGGAGGUCCUGUACUCGCUGGUUUCUAAGAUCUCUCCUGACUGGAUCAGCUCCAUGAGCAUCAUCCGAUCGCACCGCACACAGGAGGACACGGUGGUGGCGGUGUCGGUGACGGGCAUCCUGAAGGUCUGGAUCAUAACAGCUGAGGUCAGCAGGAUGCAGGAUCUUUCUUUGUCUCUUCAGGACUUGGACCCCGUGUUUGAAGAGGAGUCCAAACCCAUCUACUGCCAGAGCUGCCAGAGCAUCUCCUUCUGCACCUUCACUCAGAGCAGCCUGCUGGUCGUCUGCUCCAAAUACUGGAGGGUGUUCGAUGCAGGUGAUUACUCGCUGCUCUGCUCGGUGUCCAGUGACAAUGACCAGGCCUGGACGGGAGGAGAGUUCAUCGCUGCGGACAAGGUCAUCAUCUGGACCGAGGACGGCUGCAGUUACAUCUACAAACUGCCGGCCAGCUGUCUGCCUGCUAGUGAACAUUUCCGCAGUGAUGUCGGUAAAACCAAAGAAGGUUCUAUCCCUCCGCUGGUCUACAGCAUCGCUGACCGCUCAGACAAACAGCUCCUCAUCUGCCCUCCCGUGACUCGGUUCUUCUUCGGCCGGAGGGAGCCCUUCCAUAAGCUGCUGAUCCAGGGAGACUCAGCGGGAAGACUGACCCUCUGGAGCAUCCCAGACAUCUCACCUCUGCAGCCACAGUCAACCUCUGCAGAGUUGCAGGUAUCGUCCACCGUCAGCCUGCAGGAGGCGUUUGAUAAGCUGACCCCGGUGUCCUCUGGGAUCAUCGACCAGCUCAGCGUGCUGCCGGGCAAAGAGGAACCUAUCAAGGUGACGGCCAGCGUGUACAUCCCCUCUCAGGGUCGCCUGGUGUGCGGGAGGGAAGACGGCAGCAUCAUCCUGGUUCCCGCCACUCAGACGGCCAUCGUCCAGCUGCUGCAGGGCGAGCACAUGCUCCGGAGAGGCUGGCCGCCUCACCGCACCCUGCGAGGCCACCGGAACAAGGUGACCUGCGUCCUGUACCCGUACCAGGUCUCGCCGCGCUACGACCAGCGCUCGCUGGUGUCAGGAGGAGUGGACUUCUCCGUCAUCGUCUGGGACAUUUUCACCGGCGAGAUGAAGCACAUCUUCUGCGUCCACGGAGGGGAGAUCACCCAGCUCAUCGUUCCGCCGGAAAACUGCAGCACUCGGGUGCAGCACUGCGUCUGCUCGGUGGCCAGCGACCACUCCGUCGGCCUGCUCAGUCUCAGGGAGAGGAAGUGCAUCAUGCUCGCGUCGCGGCACCUUUUCCCCAUCCAAGUCAUCAAGUGGCGCCCGGCCGAUGACUACCUGGUGGUGGGAUGCUCUGAUGGGUCUGUGUACGUCUGGCAGAUGGACACAGGAGCGUUGGACCGCUGUGGGAUGGGAAUAACUGCAGUAGAGAUCCUGAACGCCUGUGACGAGCUGGCACCGGCUACCGUGGAUGCUCUGAGCCACUCGGCGGUGAACCUGAAGCAGGCGAUGACCCGCCGCAGCCUGGCGGCGCUGAAGAACAUGGCUCAGCACAAACUGCAGACGCUCGCCACCAACCUGCUGGCUGCAGACAACGCUGACAAGGGCAACUUGCCAAAAUAUUCCCACAAUGCCCUGGUGGUCCAGGCGAUGAAGACCAACCUGACGGACCCCGACAUGCACGUGCUGUUCUUUGACGUGGAGGCGGUGAUCAUCCAGCUGCUGACGGAGGAAGCCCAGAGACCGAACCCCACGCUGGUGUCCCCGGAGACGCUGCAGAAGAGCCAGGCUGGAGCCGACAAGGGCGGAUCCUUGCUGGCCCAUAAGAUCUUUAAACAGGUGAAGGAGACCAUGAAGGAGACCAUUAAGGAGCAUCUGCUGGAUGAAGAUGAGGAUGAAGAGGAGGAGAUGAGGAGGCGCGAAGAGAAGUCGAAGUCUCUGAGUCUGCUCGAGUACAACCUGACAAUGGACACAGCCAAGCUCUUCAUGUCCUGUCUGCACGCCUGGGGCCUCAAUGAACAGCUGGACACCAUCUGUCUGGAGCGACUGGGCAUGCUCAGACCACACUGUCCCAUUUCCUUUGGCCUGAUCUCCAGAGGAGGGCACAUGUCCCUCAUGCUGCCCACCUUCAAGGAGUCUCUGCUUCGUCAGCUAUCCCUGGCAACGGGUCGGAAACUAACUCUGUCUGACAUUGUGGGGAAGGGGACGUACGGUGUGUCGAGGGCCGUCACCACGCAGCACCUCCUGUCCGUUAUCUCACUGGCCAACACUCUGAUGGGCAUGACCAAUGCCACCUUCGUUGGAGAGCACAUGAAGAAAGCACCGACCAGGCCUCCCAGACCAGGAGGAACCCCGGAGACUCCUCGCCGGACGCCUGCUGCCCCCCCUCAGCCCUCCAACCCGGCGCUACAGGCCCAGAUCAAACAAGGUUGGAGCCAGCUGGCAGCCAUGCACUGCGUGAUGCUCCCCGACCUCCUUGGAUUGGACAAGUUCAGACCGCCGCUGCUGGAGAUGCUGGCGAGGCGAUGGCAGGAUCGCUGUCUGGAGGUGCGAGAAGCAGCCCAGGCUCUUCUGCUGGCUGAACUGAGGAGGAUCGGCCAGUCAGGACGCAAAGACACCAUCGACAUGUGGGCUCCAUACUUGCCCCAGUACGUGGACGCAGUCAGCUCUCCUGGGACAAACACCGAGACUUCCCCUCCGGCUCCGCCUCCACCCGAGGCUCAGCCGGUAGAAACCAAGGCUCCUGAGGAGGAAAUGGACGUCACCGAUGAUGACAUCACAGCAGGUUGUCUGUCCAACCUCCCACCAAACGCCAAGAAGAUCUCCAACUCUUACGAGGAGCGCCGUAAACAGGCCACCGCCAUCGUCCUGCUGGGAGUCAUCGGGGCCGAAUUCGGCGCAGAGAUCGAACCCCCGAAGGGCUCGGGCCGGGCUCGAGCCGGUGGGCAGGCGCCCGAAGGUUUCGGACUGACCAGCGGAGGGUCGUCCAACUACUCCCUGGCCAGACACACGUGUAAGGCCCUGACCUUCCUGCUGCUGCAGCCUCCCAGCCCCAAGCUGCCUGCCCACAGCACCAUCCGCCGCACCGCCAUCGAUCUGAUUGGUCGAGGCUUCACCGUGUGGGAGCCUUACAUGGACGUGUCGGCGGUGCUCAUGGGACUGCUGGAGCUGUGCGCCGAUGCCGAGAAGCAGCUCGCCAAUGUCACCAUGGGUUUGCCCCUCAACCCGCCGGCAGAUUCGGCCCGCUCAGCCCGCCACGCCCUCUCUCUUAUUGCCACCGCUCGGCCGCCUGCCUUCAUCACCACCAUUGCAAAAGAGGUUCAUCGGCACAACGCCGCUCAGGCGAACUCUCAGUCACAGCAGAACGUUCACACGACGACUCUGGCCAGAGCCAAGAUGGAGAUCCUGCGAGUUAUCGACAUCCUGAUUGAGAAGAUGCCCGGAGAUGUCGUAGAUCUGCUGGUUGAAGUGAUGGAUAUCAUCAUGUACUGUAUUGAAGGUUCUCUGGUGAAGAAGAAAGGACUGCAGGAGUGCUUCCCUGCUAUUUGCAAGUUCUACAUGGUCGGCUAUUGUGACCGCAGUCAUCGCAUCGCCGUGGGAGCUCGCCAGGGUUCGGUGGCCCUCUACGAUGUCCGCACGGGAAAAUGUCAGAACAUCCACGGUCACAAAGGUCCAAUCACGGCCGUGUCGUUCGCCCCUGAUGGUCGUUAUCUGGCAACAUACUCAAACGCCGACAGCCACAUCUCCUUCUGGCAGAUGAACACCAGUCUGCUGGGCAGCAUCGGGAUGCUGAACUCGGCUCCUCAGCUUCGCUGCAUCAAGACUUACCAGGUUCCUCCUGUCCAGCCGGCCUCCCCGGGCUCCCAGAACCACCUGAAGCUCGCCCGUCUCAUCUGGACCUCCAACCGCAACGUCAUCCUGAUGGCCCACGACGGCAAAGAGCAUCGCUUCAUGGUCUAAAAUUCGAGCUGUAUUUAAUUCUGACAGACCUGGGCCUGGUAUAGGGUUUUCAAUGUGAAGCAGACUCUGGAAAGCUGCAGUCUGGAUUCAGCUGGUGGUAAUUUUGGUAUUUGCAGCUCAGACGACACUUUGGAGGCCAGGUCUUAGAGCUGAUAGUUGAGGUAAGGAAUGGUAAAAACCCAGCUCAGGUCCAGGUUUGGACCAGAUUCAUGUUCUUGUUUUAUCUCCUGCAGUAAUCAUUGUAAGGAAAGUGACCGUGUGAUAUCUUUAUAGGCCGUGAUAGAAGGCUUGUUUACAUGAUUUGAAUUGAUGUAUUUUUAAUAAUUUACAAUUUGCCAUUCCUAUUUAUUUGCUGUUGAUGCUGGAUGUUACAGACCCUCCAAAUCGUCUCCUGUUCAGUUUUUAUUUGUUCCAAAAAUUUACAUCUUAAGCAUUUUCCAAGUGUUGGUAUUUACUUUGAUUAAAAGCCGAUUUAAAAUUUGCAUUCAUUUGGGAGCAAAUAGUGAAAUUAAUUUGUUUCUCCACACUGACCUCUGUAAGACGAAUAUGUGCUUUUCACAUUUCAAGCUGCAUAAAUGUGCGCGAGUACUUUUGUGACACGUUGGAAGCUUUUGCAACCUCUCUGGCUUCACACAGAAGGUUGUGUGUGUCUGCACCCUUGUGUAUUUUCACUGUUAAACACACAUUCUCACUUCAGACUGCUUGUCCUAAAAGCACGGUCAUAGUAAAGCGUUGGAGGUGUAGCUGCCUUUACUGCAGAUAUGUAAAAGCAGAUGAAUUAAUGCUGCUUAGGUCCCCUUUAGAUUUAAAUUACAUUGGAUGAAUGGUCACCACUGAGUUUUUGCAGUUUUUUUGAAAUGGCAAAGCUCAGUUUAGUUCCCAUUGGUUGGUCAAUUUUAAAAAUAUAUAUAUAUAUAUAUAUAUAUAAAAUUGUUAAUUUGACUUUGAUUUCAGGUGGCUCUUCUUCAGCAACUUCAUAAACCCAAAUGUUCACCUUUUGGUGUAAAAUCCUAGAGGAAGUGCCUCCAUUUCCUCUUCAUAUUAUGGCUGAUCAUUCUACUCCCACAAGGUUUUUAUGGAUGUUUGUGACUCUAAGAAAGAAAAAACUCUUGGAUUUAUAAUUUGAUGGAAAUAUUGAGUUUUGGUUGUGUGUUUCUAUGCAGAUGAUGUUGCUUUAUAUUUGUUAGGUGAACACCGUUCCUCCUCCUCCUGGCAACUUCCAUUCAUUCAGCUGCCAUCUGACUAUUUGAAAGUCUAUCCUCUUUAGUGUAUCACCAUGUAAACUAAUAUUUUUGGCCCACUUAAAUUAACCAAGCUACAUAGUUAAAUUGGAUGCAAAGGGAUAUUUUCAUAGGAUGAAGUUUGCCAUUUUUGGGGGGCUUUUGUGUUUUAUCCUUUUAAUCUGAGCCUUAUAACUUUGAGCCAUUUUGAUGUGCAAAUCUGACGUUUUCGUCUUUGGUCAAGGAAAGAAGUUAAACGGCUAAACAAAUCGUCAUUUUCAUUUAAACUACUUCUAUUUCUUCUUCCAGUGAAAUCUGACCAUUCCUCUCACUUCCACAAGGUUUCGCUGGACUUUCUCUUUUCAAAGGUUAAAACUCUCUUAACGGUUUAUACAUUUAAGAGAAAGGUUUGAAUUGUCUAUUUUUUUCCUGGACUGUUUCUUUGCAGAUGAUAACGCUGUAUAUUUGACAGAUGGAUGUGAGCACUUCCUCUUCUUCCAAUUCACAUCUGACUUUUCAAAGAAAUCUGACUAUAAAUGUGUACAUAUUCAGUUAAUGUAGCCUCAGAACCGCUGCGUAAUGUAGUCUGUUCAUGUUGUACAGUGAGCAUCUGUCUUGUUUCACGUGUAUGUGUUGUGGCUACUGUGGCAAAUUUCCAUUUUCAAGCUUCCAUGGGUUUUUGUUUUUUUUUUUGGAAAAUUUGCUUUUUCUAUUGGUUUUAACAAGGAGGACCAAAUUUAUUUAGGAUUAGUUAAACCGGCCAAAAUGAAAAGUAUUCUUUUAACACUAAAAAUAUGAUACAGAGGCACAUUUAUAUUUAAAUGUUAACUUUCUAGAUUUACCUCAUUUGCCCAAAGCCAAGUGCAUCCAUCACUUAUUAGGAGGAAGAUGAUGAAAUUUAACAAUAUCACACUAACAGUAGCUGCACAUACUGAUUUUACAGUCCUACAGUGGGAAAGAUGAACUCUGUUGGUACGUGGUUACAUCACUGUUAGGUGUGCUUACAAAUGCAACAAAGAACAUUUCCAACUGCAUAAUUUUAAGCUCGAUUCUUUGUGGUUCACACAUUUUGCACAUUAAUAUGAACCUUUUUAGUGCUCAGAGUUUUAUUCAGAAUGUAAAUUCUAUCUAUAUAUAAAUAUAUAUGCAAAUAUAUUUAUAGUGUUUUCUGUCAGUCGUACCAAGCUUAGAUUCUCCUGAUUCUUGCUUCUACUUUCCCCACUCCACAUUCUCCUCCCUCCAUCUGUCAGUUUCAUUAGUGCCGCCAGAAAGCGCCCAACACCGUUACACACCUGUAAACCCGAGCGUGUCAAAGCUUUUCACAAGUUCCUCCAGCAUUUCGUCAGGCGGCUUCUUUUUGAAAACAUGCGCACACACACAAACAGUCCAGCAGGUCCUGACAGCUUUGAGAUCUUAAUCUUUCGUUUUCUCCAGCACACUUAACAGUUUGAGAAACUACGUUUUUGGCAGCCUCUUGGGGGAGGAAGGGUGAGAAAAAUGAAGGAAGCUGAAGAGUAAGUAACAAGUGAGGAAGAUCAGGUCAUCCACCCAGAAAAAGAAGGUUCUGCUGUGAAGGUAGUGAACCAAAAUGGGCAGGAGAACCUUCUGGGGAUUUGUUUUUUUUUUUUUUUUUUUUUAAACAAUAUCAGGUACAUUUUACUGAAAAUAUCCAAACUGGAGAUGGUUUUUAAAAAACAAACACCUCAGCCACCCAGCUGUUCACAACAAAGUGAAGCAGUUGUUACUUGAAUAUAGAAAUUCUCCCAUUUUCUGCUUAUAUUUUCUUCCUCUUCUACAGUCGACCACACAGUCUACACUAAAUGAAUGUUUCUUAUUUUGGUUUGAUUUUAUUUAUUGUUUACAGGCGCCUCAAUCUACAUAUUUAAGAGUGUGUGGUGUAUUGCAUGUAUGAGAUUACAUUGAUGUAACAGAGCAUCCUGUAAAUGUGCUGUGUAUUAAAAACAAUGUUGACUUU